CAACCCGGAAAUACAGAUUGUUUUCUUUCUAUCAGGCAUAUGGUAUCAAGGAGGAUUUGGUCACAUUGAGUUCGCCUUUCCCCUCAAAAGAAAUGGGUUCGGAAACCGAGAGCAGGCAGAUAAGAAGACCUGGGAGGACGGAACCGGAUCUUGACUCGCAGAUCCCCGUACUGCGCAUCAGCCAGCUCGAUGCCCUCGAGUUAGACUCCGCCCUUGAGCAGCUGCUAUGGACUCAGUUCUCCCAGUGCUUCCUGAACUUCCGUCCGGGCGUACUCACCCCUCUCGAGCCUGAACUCAAAGCCCUGCUUCAUCUCCUCUUGUGGAGGUUCACGCUGUACUCUAACAGCGCCACCGUCGGCCAGUCUUUACUGAGCCUGCGCUAUCACAACGCAUCCUCCUCGUCUCCCGGUUACAGACCUCUGACCUCCAGGCAGAAGUUGGGUCUGGCUCUGCUCACCGUCGGCCCCCGCUGGCUCCAGGAGCGUUCCCACAACCUGCUGUCUGGCUUGGGCUUCGGUGCAAGAGGACCCGUGCCCGAAAGCAGUGGCGGUUUUCUCCGGCCGAGUCUCCGCAAUGCUCUGACCCUUGUUUCUGGUGUCGCCAAGUUCGCCAGUCUCAUCAACUUUUUUGUUUUUCUAAGGAAUGGACGGCAUCCUGUAGUAGCUGAGAGGAUCACGGGAGUCCGGGCUGUUUUCAGUAAGCCCAACGUUGUCAGAGAUGUGACCUACCAGUACAUGAAUCGGGAACUGCUGUGGCACGGCUUUGCCGAGUUCCUAAUCUUCCUGUUGCCACUGAUCAAUACAAGGAAACUAAAAGCAGCAAUUUCUUCAGUAGUGUUUGGAGGAGUUCGCGAUGAUGGGCAGGGAUCAAAAGAAGGUCAAAAAGUGUGGAAGGAGUGCGGACUAUGCGGAGAGUGGCCAACGAUGCCACAUACAGUGGGCUGCCAGCAUGUUUUCUGCUACUACUGCAUUAAAAGCCACAGCAUUGUAGACGCUUACCUGACUUGUCCGAAAUGUGGUGCGGAAGCUGGGCCGCCCCAGAUGGUCAAGAUGGAGGUGGAGAUGGAGAUGAUUGCCAGGUGAUGACCACAUCUUGCUUUGUAGAAGCUGCAAUACACAAGGGAACACCCAUGUCAUUGUGUAAAUGAUAAGUGAAAGUGUUUUGAUGAAAUAAAUAUUUUUGAACUAAUCACAAGAUGCACUUAUGUUAAAGCAUGGAGAACACGUAACUAAGAACGAGUCACUCAUGUCUGAGGGUGUGACCGGUCUUUAUGAUGUCUGUCUCUUUUCUGAACACACAUUGACCUCCUAUGUUUAAUGUAUGUGCGCAUAUAUUGACAGUCGUCUGCCCCUUCCGUUUCUCUGGCUGGACUUUGGACAGAACUAUUUGUCUUUGCCGCACUGGACAGACUACAGAGAACCGCGCAGAGCAUAUAUUUGAUGAGCGAACGUGUUGAUUUAUGCUCCAAAUUGGCUUAGUGUUUGCGCCCGUCUGUGUGUAUGUAUGUGUGUGUUUGUUGAAAUGGGAAUAUUUGUUCUGAUGAAAAAUGCAGAAAGUCAGCUGAAUAAAUAAUGGGAGGAAUUUCUGAUGCCUCUCAUCAUGGCCAAAUUAGCAUUUGUUGUGUAUUUUGUGCCUAAAUUGUAUUUCAACAUCAUUAAAAUUGAUAGAGUGCUA